GACGGGUGACACUUGGGGACAGUUCGCCUGGCCCUUGAGCAACGUCCCCGCCGGCCUUUGCGGGAGGGGAAGCGAGGAGGGGUGGCGCGAGUUUGGGAGGAAGGCGCUGGUGCUGCGGGCAGUGGCUGGGGCACCGGCACCCCGGACACCCCCAGGACACCCCGGGGUGAUGGGCACCCACCUGCUGCUCGCAGCCACUCUACUGCUGCUGCGGCCCCCGGCGGCAGCGGCGCUGAUGGAGCCUGAGUUGUGCUAUGUGCUGGACGCCAUCCUGUUCCUCUACGGCCUCGUCCUCACCAUCCUCUACUGUCGCCUCCGGUUCCUGGUUCACCGCAAGUCGCAGCAACGAGCCGGCAAGGAGACAGAAGAAGCUGUUUACACUGGACUCAGCGGAGAGAGCCAGGAGAUGUACGAGACCCUCCAGUACCAACAGUCCUGACCCCCCCGCGAUGUCACCCCUCGUCGUCCCCCCCCGGACCCCCCCACCCGGGACUGCGAUGGAGAACCGGAGCUUUUUCCCCUGGAAAUCGCUGGUUUUGCCCCAAACCGUGUCCAGGCUGGGGCUGCCGCGGUGCCGGGACCCCCGGAGCCCGGGGGGGGGUGGUGAAGCUGCCCGGGGGUGCCCCCCCGGUCCUGCUGUACCCCCCUUUUUUCUGCCGUACCCCCCAAUAAAGCAGCACUGAGGGGCAGGAGCGUUUGUGUCA